CCGCCGCGGCGCCUCUUCCACCCCUUCCUCCCAGAUUUCCCUUCGCCGCCGCUUCCUCCGAUGCUUCCACACCAACACCUACACAUCCGGCUCCGCCUGCCCCCUUGCCACCCCCUCCUCUGCCUCCUCCACUCCUACAGCCCCAAUGACCGCCCGCCGCCGCAGCACCAGCCCUCACACGACGCUGAGCUCUGGAUCGCGAAGGCACUCGCGUCUGCGGCCUUCCUCCGGCCGCACCACCUCUUGGCAUUCCGCCGCCUUGCACCCUCCCCGGUUGCCGCCGCCGCCGCGCUCCGCCACGCCCCGUGCGCCUCGUCCACGCUCCAACUGUUCUCCGCCCUGCAUUCCUCCCAGCUCGCCAUUCCCCCGUCCGCGCACUCCUACCGUUACGUUAUCUCUAUGCUGUGCCAGUCCAGCCGCCACACUGACGCCCUCAAACUGUUCGACCAAAUGACGGACCAGUCUGGUCACUUCCCCAAUGCUCGUUUUCUCUCCUUCUUAGCCGGAUCCUGUGCCAAUGCUGGCUUUCUUGAUGCCGCUGCAGCAUUGCUCUCAAAGGCACCCCAGUUUGGUUGCUGCGUUGAAGCGUAUGCAUAUAACAAGCUCAUGAACUCCUUCAUUGGCUGUGGCCGGGUGCAGGACGCUGUGGCGUUAUUUGAGGGGUGGAUCCAGGGGGGAGCGUAUUCUCCGGAUGUGUGGAGCUUCAAUGUUGCCAUCAAAGGUGUGUGCCAGGUGGGGGAUGUCCAAAAGGCGCUCGAGUUGGUCGAAAGGAUGGCGGAGUUUGGUUGCUCGCCAGACACCGUCACAAAUAACAUUCUCGUGGGGGGGCUAUGCAGGGUAAAGGAGGUGAGUAGGGGCCGUGAGGUAUUGAGAAGGCUUCAGAGGGAUGGUGUUUGCAUGCCCAAUGUAGUGACGUACACCUCUGUGAUCUCAGGUUACUGUAAGUCUGGCAGGAUGGAGGAUGCGAUGGCAGUAUACAAUGACAUGAUUGGGUGCGGGACAACACCAAAUGCGGUCACAUAUAACGUGCUUAUCAAUGGAUAUGGCAAGGCUGGUAAUAUGGGGUCUGCGGUGGCAGUGUAUCAGCAAAUGAUACUUCGUCGCUGCCCUCCAGAUGUUGUGACAUUUAGUACGUUGAUUGAUGGGUAUUGUCGGUGUGGGCAACUGGAUGAUGCAAUGAGGACUUGGACUGAGAUGUCUCAGUAUCAGAUUCAACCAAAUGCGCACACGUUCUCAAUCAUAAUACUCUCAUUUUGUAAGCAGAACAGAUCAGCAGAAGCACUGCGUUUUUUGAAAGAAUUGAACAUGAGAACAGACAUUGCACCAAGAGCAUUCAUAUGUAACCCCGUGAUUGAUGUACUGUGCAAGGGUGGAAAGGUGGAUGAGGCAAACUUGAUCCUAAUGGAGAUGGAAGGGAAAGGGUGUCGUCCCGACAAGUAUACAUAUACUAUUUUGAUAAUUGGGCACUGCAUGAAGGGUAGGAUAUCGGAAGCCAUCACAUUUUUCAAUAAAAUGGUAGAUACCGGGUGUUCCCCUGACAGUAUUACAGUUAAUUCUUUUAUUGGUUGCCUUUUAAAGGCUGGGAUGCCUAGUGAGGUGGACCGCAUAAUGAAAAUUGCAUCAGGGAGUACUUCCUCUAGUCAGGAAGUUCCUUCUCCUGUGAGUCAAAGCAUAGACAUUUCAGUAGCUGUAUAGUUGAAUGAUACAAUGGUGAACGUAGGGAAGAGCAUCUUAACUGUUUCCGGCACGUAUCGCGUGGCAUCUGACACUUGUCCAAAUAAGAAGAACAAGCUCCGUUGCCUUGCAGGAGGUUCAGUUAUGAGGAACUCAAAUGUAACUGGAGAUCUUGAUUUCACCAAGGCUAUAGAACUAUUGAGAAACUAAUCCAAAGCAACUUUGUGCUAAGAAAGAAAAGGGACAAGCAGUUUGGUGCUCCAUGUAUUCACUGAAGUAAUUUGGUGAUAUCCACAGCAAGAAGGAAGUGGCAGCGCGGCAAAUUACACAGGGCUGCUGAUUUGCUGAAGUGUGCUUCAGAAAUUGCAUCAAUGGAUGCUUGACACACACUAAACACCUCAUGUAUGAUUGAUCAACUCCCUGGGUUUCAAAGCGCAAGGUCCUCCUAUCACAUUGGAGGAGCUAUUACCUCAAUGAGGGAAAAUUAGCAGUUGAAGACUCAAUGUAUGAAGUACGCGAUGAAAGUAUAUUUACCCUCUAGCAGAGGUACUUCACUUGUAUUGUUCCCUUUUGUUCAUUGUUCAUUCUGGUACAGAAGAUAUUUUAGGAAAGUGUAGUUGAUCAUUUUGACUAUCAUGCACAGUAUGUGCAUUUUCCGUACAAUCAUGUCUACACAAACCUGAGAAUACAGUUUUGGCAAUUACAUUUACUUUGUGUCUCUUAUUGUCUUGUUUCCAUACUUCUCAGCAUUGCCAUAUGACAUGUGGAGGUGUUUAGCAGCUUGGCUUAGAAGUCUCAUAAAAUGAGCUGUCAGAAAGCUAACAAGGGCUAACUUUUUGUAAUGAAAACAUUGUAUUAGGUUCUCUCCUACACCUUAUGUUGUAGAUGCAGGUACUGUAGCGAGUAGUGACAACCAUUGCAUUUCAUUGCAUGGGAGGAGGGAGAGAACAUGGACUUACAAAUUAAGAUCAUGGUAGCUCGAUAAAGCAUAAGCCGUUCCAUCGAACCCAAGUUCAAUGGGUAAAUUCUUCGUUAUUUCAGCUCUAAAUUGAUUUUUUCCCUCCAUUUACUUUAUUUUAUUUUCUUUGUUAUUUCAGUGAAUAUAAGUUCAUAAAGCUGUACUGGAAUGUUGUCUGCGCCUGUAUACUUUGUGCUCCUAUUGCUCUGUUGUGUGUAUCUCUGUUUGUCAAAGAUAAUUGAGCAUCAGCACAUGUCAUGUUCAUACAAUAAGAUCUUGGCACUGCUACAUCAUCAAUUAACCCCUCUUUAACCUCUAAAUCUUUAAGACCAUCUAAAUCUGAUAUACACUGUAGCUGAUACAGUGGGAUGGUCUCAGUGGACAUGCAUUGAUCUGAUCUCCACUUCCAGACAAAGUAGGUGAAUGUAAACCCACUGUCAGUGAACUAAUUUACUCAUCCAUGUUAUAAGCAUCUGGUAGAUUCCCCAUGGAUGUUGUCAAGAACUGCCAUCACCCCAAUGAUAAAAGCCUGGUCACAACCUGACUGCACAGUCACAUGGUAGAAGUCAUUACUCCCUAUCAGCUGUUUCUUUGCCAUCUACAGAAUGGAUAAUACAUGUGUUAGAUCUUAAUUUUCUCAGGAUGCAGAAAUGCUUGUGAGUUGUGGCAUGCAUGGAGAUGCUUAUAGACUUCGCUAGACACACUUGCACAAAGAUGUUGAGUAGCAAUCAAACAAGAUCACUGAAAUAAUUAAAGAACAUUCCUUAACCAACAUCUUACUUUAGAGUAGCCUCUUUUUUCUAUCAUAUUGUGUUGUCAUUCUUGUUAAUUAUGACUCAUGAGACAUCUGUAGUUCAUAACUGACUUGGGCACAUGAGAGAAAGAUAGUUGUUUAGUAUUCCACAUAUUCAAACAUGCCACUACAAAGAAAUCCCAGUUCAAAAUAUACCAGUCAAAUUUUGCACCUGUUCCUAUAUGCCACUACUGUUCGUCGACCAUGUAAGAGAUUCAAAAUAUUGUCAGUUUUUGUAAUUAUUGACCAAAAUACCUUGUUAGAAAAAAAAUCCCUACUUUAUCUCCAUGGCCAACAGGUUCUACUACAAAAAGUUGUACAAAUGUUCUCUCUAACAUAUGCAGAAACAUGUAUGCAUAGAAAUCUGAUGCACUAUAAAGUGGCGUAUAUGAAAAUCAGUACAAAGGGAAAAUCGGCUUUCAGGCAGCCACUUGAUGGUCAACUUGCUAGUAUCAUAUUUGGAACCGGUGCAGUUUUGAGUGAUAUUUUCGUAUAUGGAACCGAGAUUCUUAGUGGCAUAUUUCAGACUGACCAAAUUUUCAGGGAUAUAUAUGAAAUUUUGUCCUAUAUGGAAACAAGGGAUUCUCCAAAAGAAAUAUGAUUUCCACAAAAAGAAGAUGAAACUUUUGCUUGCAGGGGAUUAUGAAGGGGAUUAUGAAGGUAUGGGUGGCAUACCUGAGCCACUAUUUUGCCAGUGCAAUCAAUUAUUGUGCAGUCUCUAUCUCCAAAAGACCCACUGAUCUCAAAGUCCCAAUUUUUGCAGUGCCUCUUUGGUUCAAUGUGAAUUCUAAUUGGUGCACCUUUUGCUAUGCAUGAUUUUGGAUCAGUUAGGCUAAAGACCAACUUGUUUUUCCCUUGGUAAUCCAUUGAGUACCCAUUCCAUUUGUUCCGGGUGCUCAGUGCUUGGACAAUGCCUCCCUGCAAUGGAGACUAGGGAGUUUUAGUACGGUGAUUGCCAAACAAAUAUAGGAUUGGAUAUGAGGGAAAUUCUUUGUGUUGUCUUCUGGUGCAUUGACACGUGUCUUCACUCUCUCAGGAAUUCUAUGUUUAAAUUUACUUGCACCCAUGUUUAAUGUUUAACUUUACUUUAACAGCUAGCUUGAAUCCAAAGGAAAUGAGUUUAGAUUCUUCACAAAUUAAGGAGCUAUACUGGGCACAGAAAAAUGUGGAAUUACAGAAACCAGAACAUUGGGAGCAGAAUAACUUAAUUGAACGAAUAGUUCUAGCCUGAUCAAGUAACUUUCAAUUCAGGUGAAGGACUCAAACAAGUGGUAGUAGAGGAAACAAACCUAUCUAAGAGUUACUGUUCUGCAGUUAUGGUCAAUUACCUUCCUAGAAAUGAAUAAUAUUUGUUCUCCUUCACCAUCUUUCACCAUGAGCUCUCCCUUAGAUCCAAGUAUUCCACAACCAUCCACAAUGAAAACAACAUUAUGAUUGAAGUCAGUAACAACAAAACCACCGCCAUUCACUACCAUGGGUCUCCUCCUGAUCAUCAGCGCUGUUGGAGUGCUCGAGCAAAACAUCUUGCUAACUACAGGCAUGCUGUUGUCCAUUUCACUUGAUACUGCUCACAAAGUAAAGAGAGAUGGCCCUAUUACUCAGUGUGAGCUCCUGUUUCACUGUCUAUCUUGCCUCUAACAUGUUCUGUGGCCUGCAGGCGAGUAUAUAUUGGGGGAGGGACGGUUGUUUGAAAAAGAUGGUCACCUAAGCUAAGAAGCAAGGGGGAGCACUCAGUACUCAGUAGGUGUGGCGGUCAAGAGUUUCUCUGAUAAAAGUCACAGCAAGCUCUCCCACAUAAAGUGCUUCCUGAAAACCUGUUCCCGUUGAAUAGACUUUGUCUAACUUUCCUAAAGCAUCAUAAUUGGUGACAGUUCUCAGAAGUUUCUUCUUGCUCAAACAAUGUCCCUUCAUAUGUUUUUUCUCUCUUGAGUGAUUCUCAUGUACACUCUAAGGCAAAUCAUUUCGGACCACAUCACUUCUUUUGUUUCUUUUCAGCCCGAACUGCUGUAUGUUUACUGCCGGAACUUUGUACAGAUCUAGGAGCCAGCAUAAGGUUUUCCAAUUAUCUUUCCUGAAAGCAUGUGAAAUUGUGAACUGAGUAGUGAACUAGUGACUAUGAGUGUGAGGACUGAGGACCAUACAAUGCAGCGCCUGGGCGAAUUAAUGUUUUGGCUAGAGACAUUAUUACAUUUGUUAGUGCUUCUUCUUGCAAAUAUGCUUUCUUCUGGACAAAGUUAGCCUUGCAUUAGCCAAAUACAUGGAAAAGUACAUCUGGCCUCUGGGUACAAUGGUACAUGCACUCUGUGGUUACUAGCGGCAAUUUUUGCAAGUGACCAAUUAUUGUGCUUCUAUUUUUCCCCACUAGCUUUAUCCAUAGCAAUUGAUUGAAUCUGAUAGCAUUAUCUUGUGAAUAUGUUUUGUUCACAAAAAUUUAACAAUCUGUCAGGAAUUUUUGCCAUCUGUGGACUGGAGAAGCACUCCAUUCACGAUGAGAAGAAGCCAACAUGUGGAUUCAUUUGCAUGCAGAAAUGUGUCGGACGGUCAGCACAAAGAGAAGUUUGGAUGAAGGGUGAUUAGAAGCCACCAGCUCUUUUGUGCCAGGCAAUACAAAAUUGGCAGAAGUAUGGCUGAUCAAGUUAAUAGCCUAUACAAGGAAAACUGCCACAUGAUGGAUGAGAAGGAUGGCGCAAAGAAGGUCCCUUUCAUGUAAUCAAUCAUUCACGCUGGCUGGAACUAAAUCUCAGUAUCCUUCUUUUCUGUAAAAUGCAAGAAAAGGUGAUGAUGCCCUAUUCUUGAUGCGUAUCUAAUUUGAGAUGAAAAGGACUACCCACACUUCAUUUGCUGGUAUUUUCUGGUGACCGGCCUAUGAAUGUUUUGUGCAAUCAAAAGUUUCUUUUGUUCUCUCCGCUCCUAUCCCAGACCUUCAAUGGUGAAGCGGUCUUGCAUAACAGGAACCAUUAGUUGCUGAAUCUUCUCCUUCGCACCUCGACCAUUGGUGAAGCCUAAGGAAAGGCCAUGAAACGUUGUCAACCAUUUCUGGCAAGUAACGCUGCAGCUAGUUAAGGGCGGUGCGCUAACAUCUCAAGGCACCCCAAGAAGAAUGGUUGAUGAACGCUACCGACUGUGCCUUUAGAACUAAGCAACCACCUGCCACAGGAAACUUGAAGAAGCUUCUCGUCCUUCACCCGUCUGAUGUAUCUCAAGUAAGAAUGCUAGCCUGAUAUGGUUAUUCUUGAGAGAUAAAAAAUACCACAAUCACUGGACUCUUCAAGAUGCUA